AUGGCCUAUUCACCUCCAGAGGACGUUCUCACGACGGCAUUGGUCGAAUUGAAGACCCAAAACCCUACGCUGGGAAUCUCCAAGAUACAUGCUCUCUUAUUGAAAGAGAAACCGGACUGGAUCGUCAGCGAGAAGCGGACCAAGAAGAUUUUGCAGGCGGAGGGAUUGACUCUGCCUCCGAGUACUGCCAACGGUGCCGGAAGCGGGUCGAGCGGGGCCCCAUCCGUCUACCCGACCUCUCGCACUAUCCCGAAUCUCGACCUCUCCAAAUGGACGAGUAAAGUCCAGGUGAAGGUGUUCGACAAGGUCAAAGGGAAGGGUCUUGUCUCGAACGCAGAGAUCCAAGAGGGAGAACUGAUCUGGAAAGAGGAUCCAUUUAUUGUUUCCCCAGAGUGGGAAAUAUACGACCUGGUAGCUCAAGGCCACGCCUGCGCCUUCUGCACGACGCCGUUCACCGACUCGCCGCUCAUCCUCCCAUGCCCCGCAUCGACCUCGGCGUCCAGCUCCUACUGCUCCGCGCGGUUCUGCAACCGACUGUGCGUGGCGCGUUCGGCCAAGGUGCAUCCCCUGCUGUGUGCUUCGCAGAAUCCGGCCUCGAUCCCGUUGAUGAAGUUUGCGAGGGAGAAGGAGUGGAUGGCGUUGGGUGCGCUGACGCAUUGUAUAAGCCGGGUGUUGUUGGCGAAUCAGUAUGAUGAAGCUACGCUCCGUUCGGAUUGGAAUGUGAUGAAGAGCUUUGCGACGCUUGGUAUGGAGGAGAGGGCCAAGCAUAGUUAUAAUCUGCGAGAACCGGAUAGGGCGACUUGGAAGAAGGCGCACCAGCUGGUUGUGCAGGCGUUCAAGGAACCCAAGAAUGCGAUGGACCAGCGCAAGUUGGCUCGGAUCCUCAAGAAGCCGCUGCCCGAGGAAAUCGACAACGAGUUCUUCACUUAUGAUCCCGGGUUCCUCAAGAACCUCGGGAAAAUGUCUCUCAACCUCGAAGCCCACGGCGGCCUCUACACCCUCCACUCGCACCUCAACCACUCCUGCCGCCCCAACAUCUCCGUACGGCACAACGACAAACGCACCGCGCUCUCCCGCAUAUCCGUGAUCGCCAGGCGCGCCAUCUCCCCCGGCGACGAGCUUACAGUGACCUACGUCAACCCCGAGCUGCCGUACAAGACCCGCCAGGAGCAGCUGCAGGCGUGGGGCUUUGGGUCGUGCAGGUGUGAGCGGUGUGUGAGCGAGGAGAGGUUGUUCAAGUUGAAGAAUGUGGUUCAGGACGAGGCGAGUCCGAAGGAGGAUAUGGAUGAUUUGGCGAGGGAGUUGAAGGCUGGGUUGGGGUUGAUGUAG